CACAGCAUAAAAUGGCUCGAUUUUUGACGAAAGAACAACUGGAAGGAUUUGAGAAAUAUAAGUAUAACUCAAUCGAUACUAGCGUACUCAGUAAUUAUGUUAUGCAUCCGUUUUGGAAUUGGUGUGUCCAGUUUUGUCCAGUGUGGGUGGCGCCCAAUCUUCUAACAUUCAGUGGCUUUCUCUUGACGGUCUUUAAUUUUCUUCUGUUCUCGUACUACGACUACGGGUUCCAUGCUCUCACUGAGGAGAAUGUCACCAAUGACCAUAUUCCUAGUUGGGUGUGGGCUCUCACCGCUGUCAACCUAUUUGUUGCGUAUACUCUAGAUGGAAUAGACGGCAAGCAAGCGCGACGGACCGGCACUAGCGGACCGCUUGGCGAGCUGUUCGACCACGGCCUUGACUCCUACUCGGCUGUGCUGAUCCCCACUUGCCUUUACAGCAUAUUUGGACGGGACGAGCUAAGUCCACUGCGGUUCUUUUUCGUGGUGUGGAAUAUAUUCAUCAACUUUUACCUCACGCACUGGGAAAAGUACAACACUGGAGUCAUGUUCUUGCCAUGGGGUUAUGAUUUUACCAUGAUUGGCUCGUGCAUUCUGCUGCUUGUGACGUCAAUCAUCGGACCACGAGCUUGGCACAUUCAGCUGCCGGGCGGGAUUACCCCUGGACUCUUUUUCGAACUUGUGUUGUACUUUUCUGCCAUGCUGACUAGCCAAACGGUUAUCAUUUGGAACAUUUACAAGUCAUACCGAGAUCGCACAGGCAAGAUGCGGUCUUUUUGGGAGGCAGUGCGGCCGCUCGUCCCGGUGCUGACGUUCUUUACUCUCUCUGCGUUGUGGGCCAUUUAUUCGCCUACGAAUAUCAUCGAACGGGGACCGAGACUCUUCUAUUUGCUUAUUGGCACUAUCUUCUCAAAUAUCAACUGCCGUCUAAUCGUAGCUCAAAUGAGCGAUACGCGCUGUGAGAUUCUCAACGGCCUGCUGCUACCGUACGCUUUAGUGAUGGGCGUAGUGUUCCUGUUCCGGGUAUCGCCAAUGGCCGAACUGAUGUUGCUCACUCUGCUCACGAUCGGCUGCUCCAUUGCGCAUAUUUAUUAUGGCACUAAAGUGGUACAAGAAAUGUGUGAUCAUUUUAAAAUUCAAUGUUUCCAUAUCAAAUCAAAGAUACAGUAAGUAAAUUACUAAUAGAGCUGUAAUUGUAACUAUAUUUAUGGGAUGUAUUUUAUUGUAAUAGUUAAAGGGUUAAGGCAAUCUCGAUAUUUGGUGUUAGGUACUUUGUGAAACAUUUAUUACCCUGUAUGCGAAAAGUAAUGGGUUAGUUAAUAAGAGUCACGGGUGUGACUUCCGGACAUAUGUAAAAAUGUAGCUAUUUUACAGCAUUUUGGCGAUGAUAAACCCAGAUCGGAAUAGGCAAAGUAUAUUUACCAAAACUUCAAGUAAUACACUUAGGGUCAUAUUCCAGAACUCUACCCAAUGCUCAAGUCAGGAUUUGAGUACGGUUUAAAGCACUCGAAAUCACACUCAAGUCCCUGCCAUUAGGGUCGUAUUUCCAGUGCAAUCCUGACUUGAGCAUUGAGUUGAGUUCUGGAACACGACCCUUAGAGUGAUUCUUCCUCAAGAUAGAACGUAAAAAAAAAAUGUAAUAGUUAUUUUUAUUUACAAUUCUAAAUACACUAUCGUAGUUGCUACUUAUUAUUAUAUUAUAUUGUUUAUUAUAUAUUACUACUAAUUAUGUAUAAUUACUUAUAUAUGUAAUAACUAGUAUUAUAUUAUAUAAAUAUAACACUAAUUUCGGGCCCUUCACGGGUUCCAUGGUUACGAUUUAAAUCCGGAAAACUAGUUUUAUUUCUUAUGUGUAAGAAUCCCGAAAACUAAGAACUCGAUACUAGUUAGUUCAUAAUUAGUAUUAUAUAUAAUAACUAGUAACACUAAACAUAAUACAGUAAUUCCGGGAGUUGCGACGGAGGUAUUGUCCACUCAUGCGUAGCACUUUUUUGAAGUCUAGAUAUCUAUACUUUGCCUAUUGCGAUCUCAGUGGUAACAAAAAAGGCGCUUGCCGAAAAAAUCUUGCCUGUUCCUCUUGGAGCCGCACUAAUGUAAUACCCAAAUUACCUUUUUUAUUCAGACUGAUUUUAGGAUAGUUUGGGUUUAACCCAUGUCCAUAUUAUUUUUUUUUUCAACACAUUUUGAUGAAUCUCGACCAAGCUUCCAGAUGAUUAACAUCCAGUGGAUGAUAAUUUGUAUUAAUAUAUUACAAAACCUCCCAUAUCACUAAUUGAAAUACAAUAUUUCACGUGAUUUAUUUUUAUUAUUAUUUUAUUAUUUAAAAAAAUACGAAUAAUUUAUAACCAACAUUUUAGUUAAUAAAAAAUCUACUGUGAAAUAUUUUGAUCUUGAGGAUUUGUAGUGUUAAUCAAUGCCAAAGAUGUUAUUUAUUUAUAGCGAAUCACAGUAUUUGGGCAUUUAUAUUUUAAAGUUAAAUUUGCGUAUAUAGUGACAAGUUUGAUUUUGUUUAAAACUCCCAAAACUAGUUCGUUAACCUAGUCAUAUUUGCCUUGUCAUAGGUAUUUACUACAUACACGCUUGGCCAAAAGUACAAGCCACUCUAGCAAAACGCCAGCACUUCAUUUAUUUAAACAGAGUUUCAAAAUACCCAAAGUUAAUUAUAUAAGUUAAUUAUUAUUAUUUUUUUUUUUUUUGAUUGAUUGACUGGUUUAAAGUUAUUGUCAAGAAAUCAGCUUAUGGUGGUGGCAGAUUUGACAAUAAACAAUUGUCUAGGUUAGACUUUACUGUCCUGUUUAAAAUCUAUUUUAAUAUUUUGACAACAUAAUCACAUAUGUGACAGAUUUAAUUUUAAGUUGUUCAUGUUAUAAGAAUUUACCACGAUUUUCUUGUGUAGGGUAGCUAAUACUUUUGACCAAGAUUGUAUGGUGAAGUAUGGUGAUAUAUACCAAAUAUUUCAAGUAGAUGAUGCAUGUAGUCAAUUUAAAACAAUUCUAACCAAAACUUAGUUCAGUGAUAGUAUUUUUUAUAAUA